AUAUCCACCGCCCCCGCCCGCUCUCUCCUCCUCUCCGUCUUCAAGAAUUCCGUCUCCUCACCGUCGAUUAUCCACCAACUCGUUCUUUCUCGUACCUGAAACCCUAAUCUUUGUAUUCGAAUUCUCAAUCAUGGGCGAGGAGGCGGGCAGCGAUGACGAAUUCGACCGCCUCUCGGCUGCCGACGAUGUAAGCAGCGGCGGCGACGACGACGACGGCAGGGUUCUCGAGUGGGAGCUCGGCCUCCCUAGCGGCGAGGAGCUCACUCCACUGUCCCAGCCCUUGGUGCCGCCGCAGCUUGCCUCGGCUUUUAGCGUCAAGCCAGAGCCGGCCCGGACUGCUCUCGACGUCCAUCGGGCCUCCCAGUCCACCAUCUUCGGCCUCCGCCGCGUCGCCCCCUCCUCCGAUGCCUCCGCCGCCUUCAGAUCCUUCUCCCCCUUCCCGCCCGCCGCCGCUGAUGAAACCGUGGCCUUUGAGGGCGACGAUCCGGUGGUCGCCGGUGAGUCUUCAGGCAAAAUCCCACUUUUUGGGCCCAUUUCCCCCUGCGCUGAAUCGCCGGAGGCGGAACCGUCUACUCCCCAGCCGGACGAUUCGAGCGACGACCACUCCGCGAGGGCCCUGAAGCGGCCGCGCCUCGUCUGGACGCCGCAGCUCCACAAGAGGUUCAUCGAUGUGGUCACCCAUCUGGGGAUCAAGAACGCGGUGCCGAAGACCAUCAUGCAGCUGAUGAACGUGGAGGGACUGACGAGAGAGAACGUCGCGAGCCACCUCCAAAAGUAUAGGCUUUACCUGAAAAGAAUGCAAGGAAUCCCAGACGAGGGGCCCUCGCCAUCGGAUCACCUGUUCACCUCAACGCCGCCGGCGACACAGAAUCUUCACGAGCAACAUGUCCACACACCCAUGCGGUAUGCCAUGCCGGCUAUGUUCUCAAUGCCAGUCUUUGGAAUGGCUCCUCCACAUGGACAUGGUCGUCCGAUCACAAUGGUGCCGGCUGUACACAAUCACGGAAAUGGAGCUCAUCAUGCGUUUGAGCCACAGCAUCCUUAUGGAGCUUUCAGCGAGCGGCACAAGGAUUGAUUGCUACUUGAUCACACUAUGAUGUGCUUAAAUGGUGAAUGAAGGACUCCUAAUUUGACAGGAAUACGGGAAGGCCUAGAUGGUUACGGCUUAGGUUAUGAAUUAUGAACUUGAGCUUGUCUUUUGAAGUCUAAAAGAAAUGUUAGCAAUAUCAUAGUCAAGAAAUCAUGCCUAUACAAUUGAGUCAAUAGAUGUUCUGUUUUUCUGUCAGUUUCCAAAUAUUGUUGAUAUUUGGUUCGAGUAGUUUUGAAAGGGGAACGCUUCCAUAGAAAAAAACCGGACUCAUGCUAUCUGGUUAUUGCUGUAUUAAUUCACCGUUAAUGCUGCUUUAUAUAUUAUUUAAUGAUCUUUGUACACAAAUUGUGUUGUGUAAAAGUUGCUUAGGGUGUUUUUGGUUCGCUUCAAAGUGGAUCAAAGUAGAAUUUGGUUUGAAGUGAGCUUGCUUCAUUUCGCUACUAGUGAAGGAUACUAUUUAAAAGAAGUCGGAAAGAACUCCAGCUCCAUAUCUUGACUGCUGCUAGGUAGGCCUGAAGUAAAGGUCCAAGAUCAAGCAUACCUCCUCUAUAGAACUUGUCUAUGGAUGCACAUGGACGGAACAUUUGUCGUUUGAACCCUGAGGCUGAAAAAACACACCUGUAUCACAUCUUAGGUCAACCCACCAUUUACGUUCCAUCUCCAAAGUGAUAUAAAGUAUUUAUCAUUGCCACACAUUUAUUCUUGAUGGUGAGUUUAUUGCAUUUCAUCAGUAAGGUAUCUGAUACACAGUGAAGAAAAUGUCACUGCAUACAAAACAACAGAACUUGCGGUACUACUCAAUAAUAUAUUAUGCAUUUAGAGGUUGGAUUUUUUAUGCUCUUAUGUGAUUGGCUUUAUUAUGUUAUUAAAAUAUUGUCUAAAGAAUUUUCUUGUUCAUAUUGUUGUCUAUUCUAACCAGAGAAUAUCUCAUUUCAGGUUUAGAUUGUGUUUUUCUCGAUGUCUAUUUUCUUCGGUCUCCAUUUUCUUUCCUUGUCUCAUGUAAGUCUAAAUCAACAAUUGCAUGUCACAAUUGUACUGAACUGUGAGGACAUGGUAGCAAAACUCAGCAUGGAGCUGUGCCAUUGGUACGGCAACACGGCAUUGGUUUUUCAGAGAGCCUCUACCGGUUGGCACAAAGCAUGAACAGAGGAGUCCUUUUUUUUUCCGCUUUACAUAUUCUCUUUGAUGUGUGGUUUAAUGAUGCCUAAAAAUAUUUUUUUGACUUUUAGUAUCUACUUAUUGUGACUGUGUCUCUAUUCAUAGUGUUAAGACCCCAUACUUGAUCUGCCUUUUAUGACUUUUUAUGUGGUAGUUUUACAUGAUUAUGGUAAAUUGUAGUUAUUGGUCUAAAUAUUUCUUGCAUGUGAGAAAUGGAUGCCUGUUAUUUCAUCAUUAAUUGCAAAUUAUCUGCUGCCAUGUCGUCCAAAAUCUGCCAGUUUGGUCUAACAAUUUUUUGUUGUUUGAGAAUAUUAAUUCUUCUGUCCAUUUCAUCAUCCAGUAAUUAUAGCUCUCUUUUAGAUAGUACUACAGUAGCUCUUUGACUUGUUACUAAAUGAACUGUGAUAUGUUUCUCUCAUUUAUAGUACACAUUUCAGGAGAAAUUGCAUUUAGUUGUUCUUACAGGCAUAUGAAGCUAUACCAACACAACUUUGAUGGGGAUAUGUUACAAGAAUAAGAUUCACUUGUAAAAUGGGCUUAAUGUUUUCAAGAUAAACAUUUCUUUUAUUUUGCUGCAUUUGGUGUAUUGAAGUGAAGGAGGUCAAUGAUGUUGUUAUUGAUAAUAAGAUUGGAGAAAGAAGGAAGGUUGUAGAGAAAUGAAAAUAUAUGGCAUGCUUAUGCUUCAUACUUCUUGUGGGAUUUAAAGUACGAAAAUGUAUGGCAACUUAGAGAAAACAUCAAAAUCAUUUCCAACAUUUGCUACUGUAGAAUUUGGAAUCAUUUUGAAUGGAAAACACUGCAUAA